ACAAGAAGCAAAAUUUUGCAUUUUCUGAUUCUCUGAUUGUGCUGUUUAGAACUUUUUAUACACCCUGUCUCAAUCUCUCUCCCUCUUUCCAAGAGUUUCUUCUCUCUCUAAAAAAAAAAAAAAAUUUACAGGGGCUAUUUUUAUUGUCUUUUUUUAUUAAGCUUUCAGGAUUGCCUUUGCCCAUCUCCUUUACUUGUCGUUCAAGUUCUUGGUGUGAUGGUCAAAACACUUAUGCCGAAAGAAAUGAUGAAUAGCAAUUAUUCGUUUUAUUUUUUACAAUCAAUCUCUAGGUGGGAUGGCGACGGAGAGUCCUAUGAGAAUGGUGGAAAGCUGUAGAGGCACAAAGUGGACGUCUUCUAAGGACGCCGCAACAUUUGGAUCUCCAUUACAAAGUAUGGCAGCGGAGGAGUUGGGCUUAGUUAUGAAAGAGCACGUCUCACACAGAAACCAAGCACCAAAUCGAAGUGGUAGUGCUCCUCCAAGUAUGGAAGGUUCAUUUGCAUCUAUUAGGAAUCUCUUAAUUGAACAGAACGUUAGUAUGAAUUCUAGCCUGGACGACUUAAGAAAUAAUACCCUCAAAAAUUUUGGGUUCAAUGAACAACAGCGGCCUGAUCCGGCUUAUUUGGCAUGCUACUUCUCCAACAUGGGAUUGAAGGAGAACCGUCACCAGGUUCACCAGAUUAGUAGUCUUAGGAGCAAUAGGAGAUCAACUUCUAUGGAUGAUAGUGGCAAUGGAUUCUUGCAUUUUUCUCAGGGAUCCCUUUCUACUCAUAAGGAAGAGAGUGAGGAGGAGAGUUCACCCGGGAAAGAUGCAGAAAAAUUGGUAGCAAAUAGCACUACGGCAAUGCCUGGAAAGAACACGGGUUUUUUGGCAAGCCGCCAUAAAAGUUUGGUUGAUCUGAUACAGGAAGACUUCCCUCGUACCCCAUCUCCUGUGUACAAUCAAUCUCAUUCCUCUGGGCACGCAACGGCGGACGAACUGAUUGAUUUUAAUGUGCAUGCAAUAUCAUCCAAUAUUUCAUCUUUCGAAAAGACACCAGAGCCCAGUUCAGGCUCUAUCAAUUGUCCAGAGAUGAGUUCCCGUCCUUCGUCAACUUCUUUUCCAAGCUCAUGGCAUCCCGACGAGACAGGGAAACUGCAGAAAGAUGAAUCGAGUAAUAAUUUAGAGGUUAAUGCACCAAUUAGCGGUGCCAUUCGUGCAAACACUUCUAGAUUAGAGAUUAAACAAAACCAAGAGAAGCCACCAUCUUGUGGAAGAAAUUUGUCAAAACUCCACCUGCCUAGACAAGAAGGCAUCACCCGUCAGGUUCACGAUAUCCAAGGUCAAAGAAUUUCACAAGGAAUUAAUUAUUCGGCGAGUUCCAUGGAAAGACUUUCCCAUGGUCAUCCCAACUUCUCGUCUAUUGGGGUACAACCAUCCUUGCAAUUGCCCGGGUCCACCCCUCCAUUCUACCCAACAGCAGCUGCAUAUAUGCCUUCUGGUAACAUUCCAUUUUAUCCUAAUCUUCAGCAAUCCAGUUUAUAUGCUCCCCAAUAUAGCUUGCCAGGAUAUGCUCCAAGUUCUACACUUCUUCCCCCCUUUAUGGCUGGGUAUCCUUUUCAAAAUGCUCUACCUCUUCCAUUUGGCGCUACUUAUAGUCCAAGCUUCACUGGUAGAAUUGCUGGCGUUUCAAUGGGGGAGGGUAUUCUUCAUGGGGCUGAUGUGCAACCCCACAGAAAAUUUUAUGCGCAACAUGAGCCAAUCCCACAACCUUCUUUUGUGAAUCCUUUGCAUAUGCAAUAUUAUCCAAAUCCUUCUCAUGAAAUUUAUGGUAGUUCAGUUCAGCAUGGUCAAUUGGCAAGGGGUAUUAUCGGGAGCCAGUUUACGCAGCAAGCGUCUACCUUUUCUGCUUAUGUGGGGGAUCAUAAGUUUCAGUCUCUAACAAAUGAGGGUCGGAGCGUUUCAGCUCCAAGAAAGAUGGGAAUCGGUGGUUAUGGAAAUCCUCCUUUCAUGAGUGGAGUGACACAGUUUCCAGCCUCUCCUCUUGCUAGUCCAUUAAUGCCAUCAUCUCCAAUUGGUGGAGCAAAUCAUCUGGGUCGCCAAACCGAAACGAGAUUUCCUCAAGGUCCAAUUAGGAACCCGGGAAUAUACUCUGGAUCGCAAGUAAAGAGAGUCUCCAACAGCACUGAUGACUUGAACAAGCUUUCUUUUCUCGAAGAACUGAAAUCCAGCAAUUCAAAAAGACUUGAACUCUCUGAUAUAGAAGGGCGUAUUUUUGAGUUCAGCAUCGAUCAACAUGGGAGUCGAUUUAUUCAGCAGAAGUUGGAACAUUGCAGUGCUGAAGAGAAGGAUUCUGUUUUCAAAGAAGUUAUUCCACACGCUUCAAGAUUAAUGACUGAUGUUUUUGGGAAUUAUGUUAUUCAAAAGUUUUUCGAGCAUGGAAGUGCUGAACAAAGAAAGGGGUUUGCAGAUCAACUUUCUGGACAGAUUCUGCCAUUGAGUUUGCAGAUGUAUGGUUGUCGUGUAAUCCAAAAGGCCCUUGAAGUUAUUGAGCAUGAUCAAAAAGCACUUCUUGCGCAAGAGCUUGAUGGGCAUGUAAUGAAAUGUGUCCAUGAUCAAAAUGGAAAUCACGUAAUCCAGAAAUGUAUAGAAUGUGUUCCACCAGAAAAAAUUGGAUUUAUCAUAUCUUCUAUCGAAGGCCAGGUUGCGACUCUUGCUACUCAUCCCUACGGUUGUCGUGUCAUACAGAGAAUUUUGGAGCAUUGUUCGGAUGAUAGUCAAUGUCAGUGUAUAAUAGAUGAAAUACUGGAAUCAUUUUGUGUUCUUGCUCAAGAUCAGUACGGCAAUUAUGUUACCCAGCAUGUUCUGGAAAGAGGAAAGCCCCAUCAACGGAGCCAAAUUAUUAGCAUGUUAGUUGGGAGAAUUGUACAAAUGAGUCAGCAUAAGUAUGCCUCAAACGUUGUUGAAAAGUGUUUGGAGCAUGGUAAUACGUCCGAGGUGGAGGUCUUGAUUGAGGAGAUUUUAGGACAGUCAGAGGAAAAUGAUUAUCUACUGACAAUGAUGAAGGAUCAGUUUGCAAAUUACGUGGUCCAAAAGAUUUUUGAGAAAAGCAAUGAUAGACAGCGGGAAAUAUUGCUUGAUCGCACAAGAACCCAUCUUCAUGCUUUGAGGAAAUACACUUAUGGAAAACACAUAGUUGCUCGAUUCGAACAGCUCUCCGGCAAAGAAGGCCAGACUUCAGAAUCUGAAGGUGCAUAGAAUGGGACUGCUUUCUAUAUAGAACCCGAGGGUUGCUUACAUUGGUUGCAGAAAACAAUCACAUCAAAUUGGUAAUAGAAAUCUUGAAAUGGGCGAGCAUUAUUUCCUUCAAAAAAUGUGAUGAAUCAGUAUUUCCUGCUGUCAGCAUUUAAUUUAUAUUUAAAGCGUUGCCAAGCAAAUGCAUGCUGGUGCGUUAUCAAAUUGUGUGUAUUGAAGUGUAUAGAAACAUCAAAAGUGAUGAUGCACCAAGUCAAAAUUUUUCACAUUGCCUUGCUAGAUUAGUAAUUACUUUUCUUGCUUGUUUAUUGCCAAGACUAGAGAGAGUGUAAUAUAAGUGAAAGCACCACAAUCAAGGUUUGUAAAGUAAAAUAUGAACAGCUUGAU